CGGAAAAAAAGAAAAAUGGCAGAAAUGGUGUCUGACGAGGAGCAGGAGGCUGUGAAUCCUCAGCCCAAACGCAGACGCAUCCUCGACCCUUCAGCCAUAAUCUCGGUCCCCGUUUACACCAACCAGGUAAGCAACGGUUUGCAGCUGAAGCCAACAGCAGCUAGUUUCACUCAAAAGCAAAUCUCAGACGACGGGGCAGACGACGGGGCAGACGACAGUUUAUGGUUUCAGUUUUCCCCUGCGAUCAGCAGAACAACCGCCGUCUCCUACAUUGACUCCGAGGAAGACGAAACAGAAGUGCUUCUGAAGAAUACACAACCGGCCACCUUUAGCUCCCCAUCUCCUCCAGGGAGUCCGGAGGUGCUUCAGUCCAGACAUGCCAAGAACAUGAUCAAUAAGAUCGACAUAAAGCUGAGGGCGGCCAACACUUUAGAGUCCCCUGAAUGCAGAAGACGGCAUUUCAUCGAGGAAGACGAUGAUAUCAUCUGCAUAAACCCGAAUCCUGGCCCUCAGAAUUCUCCGUACAGCGAGUCGUUACGGGAAAUCCCGCUCAAGAUCCGCUGCAUGACACACGUACACAAGAUCCCCGUGCUGUCGUCGACGCCUUUAAGUGACGUACUGACUCGGCUAUCCGUCAUCCUAGAUGCCCCUCCCCCUCGCCUCAUGCUGCUGAGAAAGGAAGAGGAGCUCCCAGCGAACUCCACCGUCGGCGAACUCGGCCUCGGCAUCGCUGACAUCAUCGAGUGUGUGGUGAUGGCAGCAGAAGAUAGCAGCGCCACAGAGAGCAGCAGCAGCCUGACUGUGAGGCUGCAGAGCAAAGACAGAGACUCCUCUCAGGAGUUCUCUCUGCACAGAGAUGCUCCGCUGGGCUCCAUCUUCUCCCAGUACAUGUCCAAGAUGUCUGCCCCCGCCAAGCGUAAGGUACGCUUCCACUUUGAUGGCUGCAAAGUGACGGACAGGCAGACUCCGGCACACCUCGACAUGGAGGACGGUGACAUCAUCGAAGUUUGGACCUAGAUCAAUUAAUUUUACAUUAACCAUAGCGUGCUGCAGGGAUGAGUCCUACACCCCUGAAAUUCGUUUUUAAUUUCAUUUUAGCUCUUCCUACUCGUCUCAUUCAACGUUUUUUUUGGAAUGUUAACACAAGCUUAAGAGAUUUAAGGUUUUAUUACCCCACUUUUCAAGCUUCUAAAUGUCUUAAAAGCAGCUGUUGCUAACAAGUAGCUAAAUGAGACUACUAAACGCCAUCACAGCAAAUAUUAGCCGCAUUUAGCUUUGUGUGGUGUCAAAAAGGAAUGUGACCGUUUAGCCUAACGUUAACUUUUUAUUUCUGGAAAUGGCUUUUUAGGCUUCAACAAUAAUUUGAACAACAAUGGAAAUCUACUGGUUAGGUAGUGCAGUUACAUUAUCUGUAAAAGUCACUUUAUCUGUAGAUGUUAAAUACAGAGUUAAUAGGGUUAUAAUAGGGGUUAUAUGAUAACACUUUUUUUUAAAUACAGAGUAAAUAAGCCCUCAUUGUACAAUUGUAUACUUGUAAUGUUUUUGUGACUGUACAAUAAUACUUGUUAAUUUGUUACUGUUACUGGAAAUAAUAAAAUGAUUAGAAGUUACUGAAGUCAUAGUGGAAGAAGUAUAUUUAUAUAGUGUUACAAAAUAAACAGAACCACAUUGUUAAAAUUUUGUAAAGUAAAAGUCCUACAUUCAAAAUGUU